GUUAAUACGGCAGUGGCAUAAAAUCGUAAUUAGUGGAGAGGAGAAAGGGCUAUUUGGGGAAGAACUAAGUCUGAAUAAAUCUACAGAUCCACCACUCAGGAGAGAGAGAGAGAGAGAGAGACUCAGUACCAAUUUCUCUGACGCGCUUCCUUCUCCGGUGUCUCAUCAUCACGUCCGGCGGAUUCCGAGAAAACGAAGAGCUAAAGGAUUUUUGAAAUCAUGGAGAGCUUCUGGCAACUGGGUGAUGAGCUACGAGGUCAGACUCAGUCAAGAGCAUCAGAGGAUCACAAAUGGUCCACUGUUGCAACCAAGCUCGCUGAGCAGACCCGGAUGAAAGGUGAACGGUUCAACAACCUCGAUCUCUCCAAAGCUGGUGGUUACUCCGACAAGUUUAGUUUCCAGGACAAUAACAACAACAUGCUGAACUUGGGUGGUAAAUACGGCAAGGCUUCGAUGCAGAGCAAUGUUUACAACAUGAAAGUUAACAAGUACAAUGGUAAUGUUGUUGCUAACAAAGAGCUGAGCAACAACAGCAAUGAUAAUAAUGCUGUUGACAAGAGGUUUAAGACUCUGCCUGCUUCGGAGACGCUUCCGAGGAAUGAAGUUCUUGGAAGGUACAUCUUUGUUUGCAACAACGAUACCAUGGAGGAGGAUUUGAAACGCCACCUGUUUGGUUUGCCUCCAAGAUACAGGGACUCUGUGAGGGCAAUAACACCUGGGUUGCCUCUGUUUCUUUACAAUUACACCACUCACCAGCUCCACGGUAUCUUUGAGGCAACAACUUUUGGAGGUACUAAUAUUGAUGCCACGGCUUGGGAAGACAAAAAGUGCAAAGGAGAAUCAAGGUUUCCGGCUCAGGUAAGGAUCAGAGUGAGGAAAAUCUGCAAAGCCUUGGAAGAGGAUUCCUUCAGGCCUGUUCUUCACCACUACGAUGGUCCUAAAUUCCGCCUUGAGCUCUCUGUUCCUGAGAUCCACCACUCAGGAGAGAGAGAGAGAGAGAGAGAGAGAGACUCAGUACCAAUUUCUCUGACGCGCUUCCUUCUCCGGUGUCUCAUCAUCACGUCCGGCGGAUUCCGAGAAAACGAAGAGCUAAAGGAUUUUUUAGCUAUGGAGAGCUUCUGGCAACUGGGUGAUGAGCUACGAGGUCAGACUCAGUCAAGAGCAUCAGAGGAUCACAAAUGGUCCACUGUUGCAACCAAGCUCGCUGAGCAGACCCGGAUGAAAGGUGAACGGUUCAACAACCUCGAUCUCUCCAAAGCUGGUGGUUACUCCGACAAGUUUAGUUUCCAGGACAACAACAACAUGCUGAACUUGGGUGGUAAAUACGGCAAGGCUUCGAUGCAGAGCAAUGUUUACAACAUGAAAGUUAACAAGUACAAUGGUAAUGUUGUUGCUAACAAAGAGCUGAGCAACAACAGCAAUGAUAAUAAUGCUGUUGACAAGAGGUUUAAGACUCUGCCUGCUUCGGAGACGCUUCCGAGGAAUGAAGUUCUUGGAGGGUACAUCUUUGUUUGCAACAACGAUACCAUGGAGGAGGAUUUGAAACGUCACCUGUUUGGUUUGCCUCCAAGAUACAGGGACUCUGUGAGGGCAAUAACACCUGGGUUGCCUCUGUUUCUUUACAAUUACACCACUCACCAGCUCCACGGUAUCUUUGAGGCAACAACUUUUGGAGGUACUAAUAUUGAUGCCAUGGCUUGGGAAGACAAAAAGUGCAAAGGAGAAUCAAGGUUUCCGGCUCAGGUAAGGAUCAGAGUGAGGAAAAUCUGCAAAGCCUUGGAAGAGGAUUCCUUCAGGCCUGUUCUUCACCACUACGAUGGUCCUAAAUUCCGCCUUGAGCUCUCUGUUCCUGAGACAUUGGACCUGCUAGAUCUCUGCGAACAAGCUGGUUCUCCAUAAGGCCGAUCAACCUUGCAAUACCACGUUGGGAAGGAGCAUAUUGGUGUUUUGUCUGAAAUCUAUAUAUAUAUAUUACCGUAAGAGCGUAAGCUUGUGGGAUUUAGUUAAGAGUCGAAAGGGAGGAGUGUGUGCAGUCUUCAAGGCAAGCAAAAGGGUGAAGAGACUCUGCCGAAUAAGGGACUACUCUUGUUCUUGUUGCGUCUAAUGUGUGAGUUUGUUUGUCUGUGUGUUGUGUUGUGAGAGAUUUGAUAGCUCUUUUGAGUUAUAACAAAAGGUUUCUGUAGAAGAAUAUAUAUAGAGAGAAAGUGAGAGAGUAAACACAGAGCCAAACCAAUGGUAUGAGCUUCUGUUUGUGUUUGCUUGUGUAAGGGAGAACCUAAAUGGGAAGUUAUAACUUUUAAACUUCCGAGUC